AUGUUUUAAGGUUUAACUUAGAUAUUUUCAAAAGGAUACUGAUUGAUUUUAAAUACCGUUCGAAAAUUUAGGUUAUAAGUUUAGGUUAUAUAUAAAAUUUCUGUGAGAACGGUCCAGUAGGUCGAUUUUUGUGUUACAUUAAAAAAAUUACACGAUGGCGCAAAGCAGGUUGGAAAAGAUCGGUACAGUGUAUAGCAGAGUUAACUCACUGUUACGUAGCGGAGCCAUGAAACAAGAAGACAAACCUUUGUGGAUGAUAGUAUAUGAAGCUUUUCCUCCAAAAUAUGAACCUAGAUUUGAUAGACAAUUGCCAAGCAAGCCUGUUAGAACCAUUUUUUAUGAAGAAGAUCUUGUGCGAGCAAGGUUUCAUAAAGAUCAAAGCUUUCUACCAGCUACUAAUUUGGAAAAAGAAAACAUAAAAACUGCAUUCCAAAAUUUUUUCUCUAUAUAUAAAGCAAUACAAAAGGAAGAAAGAUUAUUGGCGGACGAUACAUAUCAACAGGCAAUGAAACAAUAUAGGUCUGAAGAAGAAACGAGAAUGGAAUUAAGGAAGAUGGAUGAAUUACUCAAUAAUCCUAAAUGAUUGAUAAAGUAAAUGACCAUAAAGUAUAUUGUUGUUUUAUAAGUUUAAUAGUAAGUUUAGUGUCCAAUAAAAGUUGUUUUUCCAAUU